AGGCAUUUGCUCUCAAGGGUGAUCACUGGCCAGGGUCCCAGUUUUGUUUAUACUCGCUUGUUUUUCAGCAAUGUCUGGGAAGAUACCAGUCAGCGGCAGCGUCGUGGAGAUCGAAGGCGAUGACGUCAAUGCGACUGUCUGGAAAACCGUAAAAGAGACUCUGAUCUUACCUUUCCUGGACAUCCCGUUGGAGACGUACGACUUGUCUUUAGAAAAUCGCAUCAAGACGCAGGAUGAGGUGACUUUACAAGCUGUUGACGCUAUCAAGAAACAUAAUGUGGGAAUCAAAUGCGCCACAAUGGAGAUAACGGAAUCGCUGGUCAACGAGAAGAAGCUGAGAGGAACGUGGAAGACUGCGGCUGUUUUUGAUCGCGAGCGAGCUCUUCGUCCUGCUGCAUCCACCCUCAGGUCGUACAUGGAGGGCUCGAACUUCCGCACACCCAUUCUCACUUCUAGCAUUCCGAGAACUGUUUCGACUUGGAAGAAGCCGAUUGUGAUUGCGCGACACGUCUUCGGGGACCAGUACAGGGCGACCGACAUUGUCGUGGAGAGGCGAAGCAAAUAUCAAAUCGUCAUUACUCCCGAAGAUGGCAGCAAGGCCAGAUCAUACGAUGUCUGCGAUUUUGGCGACUCGGGAGGUGUCGCGAUGGCCAUGUACAACACCGACGAGAAGAUCAGCGGCUUCGCGCACUCUUGCUUCCAGUAUGCUCUGAGCAUAAAAUAUCCUGUCUACCUCAGCGCCAAGGACGUUAUGCUCAGAGAGUAUGACGGGGCUUUUGUCAGGACCUUUGCGAACAUCUUUGAAAAGGAGUAUAAGGCAAAGUUCGACAAGGCUGGCAUCUGGUUCUCCCAUAUGCCGAUCGACAAGAUGGUGGCUUUUGCGCUCAGCUCGGAGGGAGGCUUCAUAUGGGCACUGAAGAACUACGACGGUGACGUCCAGUGCGAGAUGGUGGCACAGGGCUUCGGGUCCGCGGAUCUCAUGACCUCUGUGGUGCUGGGCCCCGACGGUAAGACGUUGCUGGCCGAGUCGGCUCGCUCGGCCACGACAGGGGGCACGACGGUGCACCGUGGCCAGCCCGCUAUCAACCCCAUGAUGGACAUCUUCGCGUGGAUCCGUGGCCUGCAGCAUCGCGCCAAACUGGACGACAACGCGAAGCUCGCGGACUUCGCGAGCAAGCUGGAGGCAGCCGCUGUGGAGACUGUGGAUAAGGGAAAGGUCACGAAGGACCUCGUUGUCGCUGGAGCAGGUGGCAGGGAGGGUGGAGAAUUUCUGAACUCCAAAGAGAUGGUGGAGUGCAUCGCGGAGGUGCUGCGGGAGAAGGUGAUGGCUGGCACGGCCGUCAUGUACACGCUCACUGACGAGGCACCGAUGCUGGCCACCUACGCUCUGCUGCCCAUCAUUCGCUCCUUCACGCAGAAGGCCGGCAUCAACGUCGAGCUCCGGGAUAUUUCAGUCGCGGGCCGCGUGAUUGCGUCCUUUCAGGACAAGCUGCCCGAGAACAUGCGCCAGGAGGACGAGCUGGCCGCGCUGGGGGACCUGGCCAAGUCGCCGGCGGCCAACAUAGUGAAGCUGCCCAAUAUCAGCGCCUCCAUCCCGCAGCUGAAGGCCUGCAUCGCAGAGCUCCAGGCCAAGGGCUACACUCUGCCCAACUACCCCGACGAGCCGAAGAAUGAGGAGGAGAAGGAGAUCAAGGCGAGGUACGCCAAGGUGCUGGGUAGCGCGGUGAACCCGGUAUUGCGCGAGGGGAACUCGGACCGAAGGGCCGCUGUUCCGGUCAAGAACUACGCCAAGAAGCACCCUCACAAGAUGGGCAAGUGGAGCCCAGACAGCAAGACGCACGUGUCACACAUGAGCGAGGGCGAUUUCUACGCCAGCGAGAAGUCGUACGUGACCACGGAUGCCACCGAGGUCCGGAUCGAGCUGGCGGCGAACGACGGGACCACGACCGUGCUGAAGCCCAAGACCACGCUGCUCCCGGGAGAGGUGAUCGACGCCUCCUUCAUGAGCAAGAAGUGUCUGAGGGCGUUCUACAAGGCGCAGAUCGAGGACGCCAAGAAGAAGGACGUCCUCCUCUCGCUCCACUUGAAGGCAACCAUGAUGAAGGUCUCGGACCCCAUCAUGUUCGGCCACAUGGUCUGCGAGUAUUUCGACGAGGUAUCCACGAAGCACGGCCCGACCCUGGAGCGCUUGGGCGCGAACCCGAACAACGGCUGGGGCGACAUCGUGUCCAAGGCGGCGGCCGCUCCAGGGUCAUGAGGAUGUUCCAUCAUCGACGUUGCACCGCGUGCGCAUCAUAUUCCUUUGUCCUGGCGUGAGUCGAUAUCGCGUGGUGGCAGCAGUGCCUGAGUUACAGAGUGGCCGAAUGCUUGAGGAUGAGCCUCGUUGGCCUAUGUACGGUGGGUGGGCAGCCGGGUGUUUCCCACCCUCGUAUUGUUGAUCUCUAGCUGCUUUGCUUGCGCGCUGCUGAUCACCGCAACCGCUUGUGGCCCAGAAGGCCUAGGAUAUGACCUGGAGCCCGAAGACUCGUCGCUAUCGACA